AUGGCAAGUUGGGGCGAAGUAUGUCGCGAAUGCGUCAAUACCGUUGUUCAAGUCCCAAUUGAGAUUCUACUUGCGGCUGUUAUAGCCACCCUUCUCGGAUCAUUGGUUCUGUUCUUCGUGUUUAUAUUCUUCGUCGCUCCAGUCCCUCGAGACCCCCUCCUAGAAGAAAAGACCUACAGAACCCUCUCCAAAGAUGGAACAGUCACAACCCCCGAACCCCUCCCGAGCUGGCUCGACCAAUUCAACGCAACAACCCCCAAACCCGCAAUCGCCCCAGCCGACCUCUUCAUGUCCGUCGUAAUUCCCGCCUACAACGAAGAAGACCGCCUAAGCGGCAUGCUGGAAGAGGCAGUAAACUACCUGGAACGAAUGUAUGGCACAGCAACCCAGCCCUCGAUCGAGACGCGCUCGAUGCGCAAACGCAAACCAGACACAACAGAGUCCACAGACUCGCCAGACCGCGGGUGGGAAAUCAUUCUCGUCUCAGAUGGCUCCACAGACGCCACGGAAGACGUCGCCUUCCGCUUCGCGCGCGAUCACCAGCUCUCCCUCCAUCCCAAGGGAACCGCUGGCCCGUGGACGCCGCAGGCUGCCGAGGGCGUCCAUAUCCCACCUGGGACGAUCCGCGUCGUUACACUGACGCGGAAUCGCGGGAAGGGUGGCGCCGUCACGCAUGGCAUGCGUCAUGUGCGGGGGCAAUAUGUUGUUUUUGCAGAUGCGGAUGGCGCGAGUAAAUUCGAUGAUCUUGGGAAGCUUGUUGGGGCUGCGAGGGAUGUUGAGGAUAAGAAGGGUCGUGCGGUGGCUGUUGGCUCGCGCGCACACAUGGUUGGUAGCGAAGCUGUCGUUAAGCGAUCUAAGCUUCGCAAUUUCUUGAUGCAUUCUUUCCAUUUGAUCUUGUGGCUGAUGACGCCGCCUAAGACUGCUACUGUGAAGGAUACGCAGUGUGGUUUCAAGCUUUUCUCGCGUGGGGCGCUGCCUUAUAUUGUGCCGUAUAUGCACUCCGAGGGCUGGAUCUUCGAUGUGGAAAUGCUCAUGCUCGCUGAAUUUGCGCAUAUCCCUGUGGCUGAGGUGCCUGUAGGAUGGAGGGAGGUCAAGGGUAGCAAGCUGAAUGUCUUGCGUGACAGUAUUGGCAUGGCCUGGGGAUUGGCCGUUCUGCGGGCGGCUUGGUCGAUGGGUGUGUAUAGACAGCGAUGA